GCUGAUUUGGAACAAAGAAAUCAGUCACAACUGGUUUCUCCAUAACUUUUUCUUGCAAGCACCAAGCAUGGUGAUCACAAGAUCAAGUGAGUUAGACGCAGCUUCUGAUUGCAAUUAUGACAGGAAAGCUGAAGUUAAAGCAUUUGACGAAUCAAAAACUGGAGUGAAAGGUCUUUUAGAAUCCGGAGUCACGAAAGUCCCACGUAUGUUUCAUUCUGGCGAGUUGAAUCUCAGAGAGAGAUCCGAAAACGACUCAAGCUUCACUAUUCCCAUCGUAGACCUUGCAGGCAUACACAGCAAUUCAGCACUACGCAAUGAAGCAGUUGGGAAAAUUGGAAGUGCAUGCCAGAAGUGGGGUUUUUUCCAGGUAAUCAAUCAUGGGAUUCCAAAUAAUGUUUUGGAUGAGAUUAUCAAUGGAGUUCGUAGGUUUCAUGAACAAGAUUCCGAGGUAAGGAAGCAUUUUUACUCACGAGACAAGAAGAAAAAAGUCAACUACUAUUCCAAUGUUAACCUGUUCACAAAUAAUCCUGCUGACUGGAGGGAUACACUUGGAUUCCUGGUGGCUCCCUGUCCAGCAAAACCAGAAGAUAUACCAGAAAUUUGCAGGGACAUUGCGGUUGAAUAUUCAAAGAAAAUAAGGGAAUUGGGUCAUACAAUCUUUGAGUUAUUAUCAGAGGCUCUUGGACUUAAUCCUUCUUACCUCAAUGAAUUGGGUUGCGUUGAAGGAACUUUUCUUCUUGGUCACUAUUAUCCACCAUGCCCAGAGCCUGAAUUGACUAUGGGCACUACCAAGCAUACUGAUGCUGACUUCAUGACAAUACUUCUGCAAGACCAGCUAGGUGGUCUUCAAGUCCUUCACAAUAAUCAAUGGGUCCAUGUUCCUCCCGUGCAUGGAGCUCUUGUUAUUAACAUUGGAGAUCUUCUACAGCUUAUUACGAACGACAAAUUCAUCAGUGUAUUUCAUAGGGUGUUGGCAAGCCAAACAGGCCCAAGGAUUUCCAUAGCAAGCUUCUUUAUAAAUUACGAUGACAAGGCUGAAGGUAGCACAAAGGUUUAUGGUCCAAUCAAGGAAUUGCUGUCGGAAGAAAACAAACCAUUAUAUAAGGACACAAGUGUAAAAGAAUUUUUGAUUCAUUAUUUCUCAAAGGGCCUUGAUGGGGACUCUUCCUUGCGGCCUUUCAGGUUAUGAAGCAAUUAUAUAUGAAGAAUAAGAUCAAGUUUAGUUUCAGUCAUUUACAAACAUUUCCAGUCUGGGCAGCAAGCCCUUUGCAGAUUGUAAUACCAAAUCCUAUUUCAUAGCUAGAGCUUCACUCAUGAAUGCUACACAUUUCCAUCUGAACUUUCCUUAAUCUGUCCACAUCUAAAUAAAGUGACAGAGGACAAUCAUGUCCGCAUAUGGUGUAAUUAAGUGAGCUGUAUUAUCAUUGAGCCGUGCACUGCUAUGUAACUAAUUAUGUCAUCAAUUCUCUGAAAGUUGAAACUGACUUGGUGACUCUUUACUCGAAACUUUUUGAAA